GCAAACACCGGACAGAGGACGGCUCGCAGCUCGCCAUGGACGUUAGCAGCCUCAGUCUACAUGAUCCACGUCAAUAUGUUCCUGAUUUGGUCAGGCUGGAGGAUGAAACCCUUGAAAACGAACAUCAAGAACUCAAAACUCUAAAUAAUGUUUAUUCCUCGACAACAAGUGAGAUAGACAAGACAUCGGCAAUACCUCAGAUUCUGGCCACCGCUGCUGUUACAGGCUUCCACGUUGUAUGUGGAGUGUCACUGGGUUUCUCUGCGAUAUUUAUUGCAAGUGUGAUGAAGGAAGGAAGCGAUCUCAAACUUUCGAGUACACAAUCAGCAUGGACAGCAAGCGUCUUAGUUCUUGUCGUACCGAUUGGAGCAUUACUUGGAGGUAUCCUCAUGGAAGCAUAUGGACGACUCAACGCGAUAAAAAUGGCUGCUAUCCCAUGUGCAGCUGGAUGGAUAUUAGUUGCUGUUGGACAAAGUUUCCUACCUAUAUUUAUUGGACGUAUACUGACUGGAAUAUCAGGAGGUAUGGGAACGAGUCCAGCUGUUGUGUACACAACUGAAAUCGGAAGACCAGAAAUCAGAGGAGCACUUACAGCAUCAGGACCAUCUCUUGCAUCACUGGGGAUGCUAAUUAUUUAUGGAGAAGGUGCAAUAUUAGAUUGGCGCCUCUGUGCCUGGCUCAAUUUAAUCUACACAUUUGUGCCAAUAAUAGUGAUGGCUAUCUGGAUACCUGAGAGCCCAGUGUGGCUUGUUACAAAAGGAAGAAUUGAUGAGGCAGAAAAAGCACUGAAAUGGUUAGGAGGAAACAAUAAAACAAGCCACAAGAAACAACUAGCAGCUAUGGUCAGAUCACAGGAUAUGAGAGCACUAACAGCUCCAAAUUUCUUUCAGGGAUUGAAAGUAUUUCUGAAACCCACAGCAUAUAAGCCAAUAGCAAUUAUGUCAGUGCUUUUCAUCUUUCAGCAGUUUUCUGGAAUUUACAUGACUUUAUUUUAUGCAAUAAAUUUUUUCGAGGAGGUUGGAACUGAACUUGAUCCUAAUCUUGCAACAGUAUUUUUGGGACUAAUGAGAUUUGGAAUGAGUAUAGUAAGCACAAUUUUGAUGAAACAUUUUGGUCGACGGAAACUAGUUAUAACUAGUAGCCUUAGUAUGGCAGCUUGUAUGACAGCUUCAGGACUGUCGACGAUGCAUAUAAAAAAUGGAGGUGGUGGGACAUGGAUCCCUGUGGCAUGUAUUUUGGGAUAUGUGUGUGCAAGUAUGAUAGGACUACUUGGAAUUCCAUGGACUAUGACAGCGGAACUUUUUCAACACAAAUAAGAGGUCUUGCACAUGGCAUACUUAUGUCAUUUGCUCAUAUAGUCAUGUUCGUUACCAUACAGUAUUAUUUUGACAUGCUGAAUUUCUUUGGAGGAGCACAUGUGUUGCAAUGGUUUUUUGCAGUGGUCUGUAUAAUGGCU